AUGCAGACUCCGGUGAAAGAUAUUGAAACAGUUUCCUGGUUUCUUUCGAAACACUCCAUAGACGCCACUAACUUGACUUGUUAUGAGGAUUUGAAGCAUAAUGUUGAUCUAUUAAGGUUAAUCCAAUUUGGCAUCACAGUUGCAGAUGCAAGUGACAAAAUCGGGGGCACGUGGGAGUUCAAUUUGCGGUUCGAUCUGUCAAAGGAUUUGUUUGUCUCUCAGUCUAUACAGUUCUUGCAAGACAAUGGCAUCGAUUUUGACAAGCUAAGAAGAGCUGGGAUUGAUUUCGACAUGUUCUCACAGUUGUUGUCACGUGUAGUUGCUAAGCAUCGAAACCUUUGUUGGGUUACCUUCCAUGGCUUGUAUGAUCUGUCACACACAUUGAGGACAAUGACAAACAGGCCAUUGUCCCAUUCUGUGGCUGGUUUUAUGUCUCUACUCGGUAUUGUGUUAGGAGAUGUGGUGGAUAUCAAAUACAUGGCAUGCUUUUGCCAGGGAUUGCGUGGUGGUGAGUUAGGCUUGGCAGCCCUUGCUAAAAUCUUGAACGUGGAAAGAGUUGGUGGGGCACAUCAAGCAGGAUCUGAUUCCUUGUUGACGGUUCGUGUGUACACAAAGAUGAGGAUGGUAUACAAGAUUCAUGAGACUCUUUAUGUGGGCUGCUUGUAUGGCAUCCCAGCUAGAAUUUGCAAGACGAUUGUUGUGCCUAAUACCAAUGGGUGCUGCUUUAUUCCAUACCUAGCACUCCAGCACCGAUCCAGCGUUGCAUUCCUCCCUGUUGUUGUGGUUUCAUGCAAGCUGCUCCACCUUCUAGUCAUGUCCUGUAGGAUAUCUUUUUUGUAUGAAUUUGUUGUUUGUAAUUGGACAGAUGCUUUCCAAAUAUAUAUAUAA